ACUCGGCUGAAGCGAGAACCUGACCGCAAGUCACCAUGUCGGACCGCCGCUCCGGGCUCGUGUACCUUAUCACGGGGGGCUGUGGCUUCCUGGGCCGGCACCUGCUCCGAGUUCUGCUGGACCAGGAGGGAGACUCCAUGGCGGAGGUUCGAGUGUUCGACAAGCACACGGAGCCGGGACUCAGCGACCUCGGAACCGGGCGGACAAAGGUGACGGUCAUCCAGGGCGACAUUACGGACUACGACAGCGUGCUGGAGGCAUCCCGCGGUGCGCACGUCGUCAUCCACGCCGCCAGCCUGGUGGACGUCUGGCACAAGGUCCCUGAGGCCCUCAUCUACGGCGUCAACGUCACAGGAACGGAGAACGUUAUCAGCGCGUGUGUGGACAACAACAUCUGCAGUCUGCUGUACACCAGCAGCAUGGAAGUGAUCGGGCCCAACACGAACAGGGAGCCGUUCGUCAGGGGCAAUGAAAACACGUCCUACCAGGUGAAGCACACUAUGGCCUACCCCAAGAGCAAGGCCAAGGCCGAGAAGAUUGUCCUGGAAGCCAAUGGAACAAAGGUGCGGAAUGGUGAACGUUUGCACACGUGCUCGCUGAGGCCGACGGGCAUCUACGGCGAGGGCCACGAGCUCAUCAAAGACUUCUACAAGCUGGCCGUCAAGAGGGGAGGCCUGAUUAUCGGCGGCGUCCCCGACAACACCGAACACGGCCGAGUCUAUGCCGGCAAUGUGGCGUGGAUGCACGUGCUGGCCGCCCGGGCCCUGCGUGAGCGUCCGGAGACUGUGGGCGGCGAGCCCUUCUUCUGCUACGACGACUCACCCUACAAGAGCUACGAGGACUUCAACAUGCUUUUCCUGUCCACCUUCAAGUUCCGGCGUGUGCGCAUGCCGUUGCUGCUGCUGUGGUUCCUGGCCGUGCUCAACGACGUCCUGCGCUGGAUCCUGACGCCCUUCUGUAACUUCGCACCCCUCCUGAACAGAUACACACUGGCCGUGGCCAUCACGUCCUUCACCGUGAGCACGGACAAAGCGCUGCGCCACUUCCAGUACCGCCCGCUGUACGACUGGGACCAGUGUCUGGAGCGCACCCAGAGAUGGGUGGAGACCUUCCCCCUGGAGGAACCAAAAAACACCUAAUGGGGCUGUUGCAUCAAUCCCCCCCAUGCUGCUACGUACAUGCACAUGAUUUUGUUCGUGCCCACAUAAUGACACAAAAUUCUAUAUUUUCAAAGAAUUCUAGCUUUAAUUCCGUUAUUAUUUGAAAUAGUGGUGUGGAACCUGCCGAACUAUUUGAAAAACAAAUAAAACCUCAAAGGAACUGAUACAUUUUUGUAAUAGAAUUUUAUAAAAAACUAUUUAUACCACAUUUCCACUGCAGAACUUUACACCAGAACUAAGAACUUUUUGUGUUCGGACCACGGGAGCUAUUGUCUUUAGUUCCGGGGUACUUUACCGGGUCCAAAUAAAGACCUUACUACUUAAGAGAGUUCCAGGAACGUUUUUGGGGUGGGGUCUUCAGCGCUGAAUAUAGCUGAUUGGUGCCGGGAUUCUGAAACUUAGCAGGACAGGACCUGAACAAGUAUCAGUGAAUUUUGACCACAGGAGAUUUAUCCCUGAACUAGGAACUAUUGGAUGCCCAUGUUGUGUUUUAACCAUGGUAAUUAGAACAUAUUUAGGACGCUACACCAACAGGGGACAGUAAAUCCCUUAAAAUGUGUCCUCCACUUGAUCCAGUUCGUUAAGCAAAACCACAGUCGCAAGCUUCGGGGACUAACAAGGAGACUGAAAUCGUGGACGCAAAGGUUUCCGAACUGACUGUCUUCCAGUCCACAAGUUGGCGACAAUGGUAAUACGCUACUAUGUGAAAGGAUCAACACUAAAUGUAGCAUACUCCAAUAGUUUGGUGUCCAUGGAGACAGAUGCCCCAACAAUAGCACCUCCAGAGGUUCACUGCGGAAUUACAAGAAGGCAGACAGCUAGUUUUCAUCAUUGUCAACAAUCAAAGUUGAUCUCGUGUUGUAUUUUGAAAAUUACAAAUCGAUUAUUAUGAGAAUCAAACAUGACAAAUGUAAACACCACUUACAAGCAAUAAGUACAUGUGUUAUCACGUGAGAUUAUUUUUUAAUCAUGUUUUGCACUGUGUAUUUUAAGGAAUUAUAUUUUCCCCAAUGACAUUAUGAAAUGAAAUUUUUUAAUUGUCUAAAAUAAAGAUGAUUUAAUAUAUUUUAA